GCCGAUGGUAGUGUCAGUUUCGCUACAGGAAACUGGUAGAAGUCCGGCCUCUGAUGCGGGAGAAGCUGCUCUCGUUGGCUGUUGUCUCUGGCACUCAUCCGUUCCCUGUGGAUUACUAUCGGGGAAGUAAGGAGGGGUACGGAGCCAUUCAGGCAAUAACGUCAGUCAUAGCUUGUGUGAAAGAUUUUGCCUUGUCCCAGAGUCGUUGCAAUGCCCGGACUCACUUUAUUACAAUUACCUAGCAAAUUGGAUUCAUUUGUUUUUUUCAUUGUAAUAAGAUAAUCCAUUUUCAUUGCUGGAUUUUUAUUUAUUUUAGUCCGUUUUGGUGUCGAGCUUCAACUAGCUAGAAUUCAAGUUGGGAUAUAUAGCCAGUUUUUAGCUAGCGCAAGAAGCGCAGCUGUUGUAUUCCUUCUUGGGUGUUCAGAUUCAGUGGAAGAUGAAGGUGACGGUGGAUUUCGAAGAAUGUCUUAAAGACUCUCCCAGAUUUCGAGCCACUAUAGAGGAGGUGGAGGGGGAUGUUGGGGAACUGGAGUCAAAGCUGGACAAGUUGGUCAAGCUGUGUAUUGGAAUGAUAGAUGCUGGAAAAGCGUACAACACGGCCAACAGGCAGUUUGUUAGCGGGAUACGGGAGCUAGCCCAGCAGUCCACCAAAGAUGAAGUCAUUGAGUCCAGCCUUACAAGGUUUGCAGAGAGUCUGCAGGAGAUGAUCAACUAUCAUACAAUUUUGUUUGAUCAGGCCCAGAGAUCCAUAAAGUCACAACUCCAAACAUUUGUGAAAGACGACCUGCGAAAGUUCAAGGAUGCCAAGAAGCAGUUCGACAAGGUGAGCGAGGAGAAGGAGGCGGCCCUGGUGAAGAACGGCCAAGUGCCGCGCAACAAGCAGCACGAGGUGGACGAGGCCACCAACAUCUUGACCGCCACGCGCAAGUGCUUCCGCCACAUCGCCCUGGACUACGUGCUGCAGAUAAAUGUCCUCCAGUCAAAGAGAAGAUUUGAAAUCCUCAAAUCGAUGCUGUCCUUCAUGUACGCCCACCUGACGUUCUUCCAUCAAGGCUAUGACCUGUUCAGUGAGCUGCAGCCUCUCAUGAAUCAGCUAGGUGGACAGCUGGACCAGCUGGUAGUGGACUCAGCCAAAGAGAAGCGUGACAUGGAGCAGAAACACUCCACCAUCCAGCAGAAGGCUGCUUUGCAGGACUUUUCGAAUGACGACACCAAGCUGGAGUACAAUGUGGACACAGACAACGGCAUUGCCAUGGAGGGGUACCUGUUCAAGAGGGCCAGCAAUGCCUUCAAAACCUGGAACAGGCGAUGGUUCUCCAUUCAAAAUAAUCAGCUAGUUUACCAGAAGAAAUUUAAGGACAACCCCACGGUGGUGGUGGAGGACCUGCGGUUGUGUACGGUGAAGCACUGUGAGGACAUUGAGCGGCGCUUCUGCUUCGAAGUGGUGUCCCCGACCAAGAGCUGCAUGAUGCAGGCCGACUCGGAGAAGCUGCGGCUGGCCUGGAUCAAGGCCGUCCAGAGCAGCAUCGCCACGGCCUUCAGAGAGAAGGGCGAGGACGCCGAGAAGCUGGACCGGAAGUCGUCGACGUCCACGGGCAGCCUGGACUCGGGGGGCGAGCCCAAGGAGAGGUGCCUGAAGGGGGAAGGCGCCCUGCAGCGGGUCCUGGCCAUCCCGGGGAACGGCAGCUGCUGCGACUGCGGCCAGACCGAGCCCCGCUGGGCCAGCAUCAACCUGGGCAUCACCCUGUGCAUCGAGUGCUCCGGCAUACACAGGAGCCUGGGCGUCCAUUUCUCCAAAGUGCGAUCGCUGACGUUAGACUCCUGGGAGCCAGAGCUCCUGAAGCUGAUGUGUGAACUGGGGAAUGGAGUGAUAAACCAAAUCUAUGAAGCCCAGAGAGAGGAACUGGGUUGCAGAAAGCCUCAACCUGGAGAUCCCAGACAGGAGAUUGAGGCCUACAUCAGAGCCAAAUAUGUCGACAAGCGGUUUGUCAGGAAGCAGUCUGCCGAAGAGCAGAGGUCAAAAGUCAUCGCCCUGAGCAAAAAGGAAAAUAGGUUGAACAGCAGCACAGAGCACCUUCCCCCACGGCCACCCCCGCCCACUCCAAAACUGCGGGCCGCCUCUAAUGUCUCACCCGCGUCAGUUGCGGCCGGUGGCGAGGAGGCCCGACGAGACUCUCUCUUCUGUCCUGACGAGCUAGACUCACUCUUCUCCUACUUUGACACCGCUUCGAAGCUGAGGAGUAUCAGGAGUGCGGACAGUGGCAUCCAGAACAGCGCGGAUGGGAGCCGGGAGAUGCUGACCUCCACGCCUUCCAACAACAGUCUGAGUGAACCAGAGCCCUCGGAGCCCCCUAUCCCUUUUCCUUUCCCCCGGAGGGACUCUUCGGUGUUUUUGGAACCCGGCGAGUGCUCACCGGGUCUGCAGCUCUACUGGGCUUCCUGCGCCCGCAGCCUGCCCGACAUGGCGGAGGCAUUCGCCCACGGCGCCGACGUCAACUGGGUCAACCCCGAGGACCGGAACCGGACCCCCCUCAUCCAGGCAGUGCAGGGGGGCUCCUUGGUUACCUGUGAGUUCCUGCUCCAGAACGGUGCCAAUGUGAACCAGCAGGAUGUCCGGGGACGAGGUCCCCUGCACCACGCCACCAUCCUGGGCCACACGGGGCAGGUGUGUCUGUUCCUGAAGAGGGGAGCCAGUCAGAAUGCAGUGGACAUCGACAGCAAAAGCCCACUGUCCAUCGCCGUGGAUGCUGCCAAUGCCGACAUUGUAACACUGUUGCGCCUGGCCAAGAUGAACGAGGAGAUGCGGGAGGCGGAGGGCCCCUACGGACAGUCAGGCGAUGAGACCUAUCAGGACAUUUUCAGAGAUUUCUCCCAGAUGGCCUCCGACGACCCGGACAAGCUGAACCGGUUCCAGCCGCACGACUCCCUGAUGGAGUGAGGGACCGCGUUUGAGCGCCUGAGUGGUUGGCGGUGUCGGACGGGACGUGAACAGGUCGUGGAGGCGGGGUUUUUAUUACCAGGACCUCAGCUCCGACCUCCUUGUGAGAACCCUCACAAAACCUCUUCUGCUUCUGUUUAUCGUUUUCAUCACAUUUAAAGGUCUGCUAGAUUCAGAUCAUUUAUAAAUAUUGGAAACUUGUCCUUGAUAUAGUAAAAAAAAAAAAAAAAUUCAACUCAAGAUUUAAGAUUGCCAAUGAUAUAUCUCUGAGUCUACCUUCAAGUACACUGUGCAAAUGCACAGGACUUUAUGGAUAGAAUUUGCGAUCCUAAGGUUAACCCUCCUCUUGUAACCUCCUUAUUGGUCCGUCAGUAUAUUAAGAACACAUUUUUCUCUGCAUUACUAAAAGGGGAAAAAUGCAUGCAUGCACAGUUUGCUUCAAUAUCAUAUCAUGCGGGUAUUGCUGCUCUUAAUGGCCAGCUUUAUGCUGUUGUACAUUCGACUUUAAAGGCAAUAUGGGCAGAUCACAAAACCAAAUAACAAAUUAAAAGCCGGUCUUUUUUUCUAUAGCCAAUAUAAAUUCUGUGCAUGCAUAGCUCAUUUUUUUCACCACCAAAAACUAUGUAUAAACUACAUUUCCUGUAGUUUUUACCUGUCUGCAUUUUUAUUGGUUUUGUGCCCAUUCAGCAUCUAUGCAUUCGUUGAAAUCUUAAUUGUCCUAUGCUGUUACUGAAAUCUGUUGUGUUCCAUGAUUGGGUGUGUGUUUGUAGUACGCUUUGUUUGGUGUUAAUGUAUUUCUAGCCAUUUUGCAUUACUGAAUGUAAGGUGCUGUACCAGAACUAUUGUUAGCUUUAGAGAAGGUUAAACUCUACACAAUGGUCCAGCUUCUAUGCAAGUUAAAAAUCCUUACAGAAAAGUCAAUUUCAAUACACCUGAAUACUCAAAUGGCCUAAAAACACAUGCCUUCUUCCCUCAUCUUUGAGUACAUAUAAGUAUAUUGUACCAAACCUUUGCCUUUAAUGGGCAGAAUAUUUGGGGAAAGUGCCAUGUACUAUUCAUAAAUAUAACUAUGCACAAACCAUCUUGUUAUCCGUAUAAUUAUGGAUAUCACGUGCAUUUCAAAUGCAGAUUCUGUUGAUGUGUACUUCACACCUCAGACAUGCAAGGUCUUGAGUAAUCCUCAAACAGAGAAUCGGUUUCACAAAGUUACACACGUUUUCUUUACAGAGUUCACGUGGCAGAUAUUUGUUUUGCAUCAUAAUUGUGGUAGAAUCAUAGUAUGUAUAAUAGCAAAAAUCUGGUUUGCAUCAGGCACUGGCCAUACUGUUGGACGUGCUCAUUUCGAACAAUCAGCCAUCCAUUCACUUUUCUUUUUUAAACACAAAUGCAUAUUUUUUAAAUACAUUGCAUAAAUGCAUUUAGAAGACCAAGGAAAUGUUAACUUCUCCAAAUCCAUCCAAGUCUUUCAGGUGUGAAAUUGUCGCUGUAAUAUUUAGUAUUUCCAUUUGCAAAUUUCUUUGAAUAGAAUUGUUCAGAGCCUGUCCCUUGACGUCCCAUUGACGUGUACCGACUGUGGGGACAGACUGGAAGGACAUGUAUCAGCAGUGCGCUGGUGUGCUGCCUCCAAUUGACUCAUGCUCUUUUGAACAUCUGAGAAAUCCUAUACACCACCAGCCAUCCCGACUCCUGAUUGGCUAAGGGUUACUCAAUCGGGACACACUGCGGAACCUACUUUUGUGUGUCGUCAUGGGCACUGUGGCAGAAUGCUGGGAUUCUGUUCCUCGGGUGCUUUCCUCUCUUUACAGGGAGCAUCUGGUAUGUGUGUUGUGAAGUAUUCAGUUUUGUCCUUUUUUAUUAUUUUUAUUUUUGCACAACAGUGGGUGUAAAUCCUGUAAAUACUGUACAUAAUGUAUCAACACAUACGCAAGAAAGCCAUGUUUUUCAUAAAUGACAAGGGUACUUUCAUUAAAAUAAGCUUUUGAAAGUGAAA